AUGCUUACCUCAAAGUGUUUAAAAGGAGUCGUUACUGGAUAUCCACUAGCUAUUAAUGCAACAGAUGUGAAAAUAUCUGAAGUUGACUUUAACCCAGAAUUUAUCUCUCGCGUUAUUCCCAAAUUAGAUUGGGAGGUUUUGUGGAAGGCUGCAGAAAGUAUCGGACAUAGUGAAGGACUGCCGCAAACAAUAGAGCCUAAGUUUGAAGAUAACGAGGAGUUUUUACGAAAAGCUCACAAAGUGUUGUUAGAAGUUGAAGUAGAAGAAGGUUAUCUCACAUGUCCCGAGUCUGGAAGACAAUUUCCAAUUUCAAAAGGCAUUCCUAAUAUGUUAUUAACAGAAGCUGAAGUACAAUAA